AUGUGGUUGCGAUUUGAAGUUCGCGAAAAGAGAAAAGCUGCCAUGCUAAAUCGACAACCGCUUGAGAUCGAAGGCCUUUCUACCGAUAAUGAUGAUAAUCCUAUCAAAAUCAAAGUCAAUGAUCAAAUAAUCUCUCUUCAGGGAAUUUUUCGUCCACUUAGUAAUUACUACCCACUGCCUUUUGAAAUGAAAGGAGAACGUUAUCGAUCAGUGGAACACUAUGCAUACGAAAAAUUGUUUAUUGCCUUGAAAUUGGACGAUAAAUGUAUUGAGAAGAUACAAACGACUGUUUUGCCUGUAGACGUUGCUACGAUGGCAAAGAGAUACUUCAAAAAGCAUGAGGUUUCUGAAGCAGCUAUUGAAGCGAAAAUGACUAAAAUGGAUCGGUGGCGACAGUCAGCCAUGAAACAUAAAAUUGCCCAAAAUGAGUACCUACAGCAGCUUCUACUGAGCACCGGUGAUGCACUUCUCAUAGAUUGCUGUGAAGGCGACCCCAUGUGGACUUGCGCCUCAUCGGAGCGUGAAAUGCAGCGCCUACUGACAAAGCCUUACGUAGGGCCUGCUGAUCUGAUAAAAUGGAUGAGGAAUAAGGACGAUAAAACACCGAAAACGUUAUCACACCUCGUCGGUAACAAAACCGGUUUGCUACUUAUGGAACUACGAGUGAAAUUAGCGUCACAGACCGAGAGUAGAAUACCACUGAUAUCGCACUUCAACACCUCCAGUUUAUCGUCAAUUGUUAGCACAAACGUGAUCUGCUUCACUGCCGAAUCCGUGUUUCACCCGCUUUAUCCUGCUGAAAUUCAAGUAGUUGAAGGACAACCCCUAUUUGCUUCACCAGCUCACUUUGUGGCUAGUCAAGCAGUGAAAUACCUUGGUUUCAAUACAGAAGAUACAGAGUAUGUCAUGGAAACUCAAUCGUCCCUCGAAUGUUGGGAACGCCUUCAUGAAACAAUAGAAGCGAAAGGUCGUGGGCUCGAGAGAGAGCAGAGUUGGUGGAUGGAAAGGAGGCAGAAGGCUAUAAAAGAUGCUUUAAAUAUGCUUUUCGAACAACAUCCACCUCUGCUCCGAGCUCUUCUCGACACUGGUGAUGCUAUGCUGGUGUAUUGUGCACGGUUUUGCUCGAUGGAAACCGAGUUAUCGAUUGGAAUGCGCGAGUCAGACUUGCGGGCAUGGCUGUACACAGUGGACAUUUCAAGCAAACAACUGCUGGAGCUAUGCACACGGCCAAUGGCAUUUCGUCCGUCAUAUCUUGGUGGAAAUCGUUUGGGUCUAAUCUUGAUGGAAUUACGACGAGAAUUUGUUCUUCGUGGAGCUUUCCCGGCCACACUUCCAGAGCUUCCGAUAAAUCCCCUAUUUAUUUUGGCCAAGGAGAAGAAGGAUGCUGAUUUGAUGAACAUUGCUUCUUGGGUGAAAAUCCCACCACGUCUAAUUACAGUCGAUGACGUGCGAAUCAGUGAAAUGGUGGAUGAGUUAAUAAAAUCAAAUGGAAAGGGUAGUAUCGAUCUACGGUCAGUUCCUGCUGAGGAUAUGCGUGCUGUAUUUAUGAAACUGACAGGAAUGCUUCGUGCGACUCUCACUGAAGUUGACACUUACUACAACGAUAUGCAAGCGUUAUCGGUAGAGGUUAAUCGUAUGCAAGUAAUCCGACGAGGUCUUGAAGACACGCAGGAGCGUGAAAAGAGACCAGAGCGAGCAGCAGCUGGUCGUGAUAGGUACCCGGAACGUACGCGUGAUAAGUCGCCCAUUCCAUCACUGCUUGGCAUGCCUGUUGGACCUGCUUCGUCGCAAUCGUCGCAACAAAGCACUCAACGACGUGAGCGUGACUACAAGAUACCAAGUCGCCGUCGCAGUCCUUUCGGAGACGAUCGUCGGCGAAGAGAUGUGAGAACAUUUGUGUAUUGCAAUCUGUAA